AUGUCUCGAAGAGUAAAGCCUGGUAAACUUGAGGGUGAUGUUUUUGAUAACCACACCUCGAGUUCUCAUCCUCGCCAGGGUCUAACUCAACUACCUACUUCUUCUUCUUCCCCUUCCUUUGAUCAGCAUCCUACUGAUCCUGCUCUAUCCGAACUUACUAAUCUUCACUCCAUAACUGACGUUCCAUCCUCCGGUGAUCCGGAUCAUUUCGCUAACGAUAGCAUGGAUGCAAAUGUUACUGCUGCCGCUGCUGCUGCUACCGUUGUCGUUGAGUAUCCUUUUCCACAGGCUGCUCAGAAUAUUCAUAAGCAGAAUGUCACUGGGGUUGAAGAACAACAGACGGACUCCCUUCAGUAUCCGACAGCACAAAAGCAUCAACCUCAUGUACUUCUACUGCCGCAGCAACAGCAACGAAAAGAGUCUCAAGCGCAAUUGCAAGCCCAAUCACAAGCCCAAUCGCAGUCAGAGCUUCAAUCACAUUCACUUCAAGCUCAUCCAGGUCAACAAGUUAACUCUCCGCUAGAUCAAUUCAAUCCGCCUUCUUCACUCAAAUUUCAGCAGCUGCGCGAACCACAACAGCAACAGCAGCAACAACAACAACAACAACACCAACAACAACAAGUAUCGCAUAUGCCUCAGGUAGUACCGGUUCCUGAACUCUCUCAACAUGCUAGCAGCCACCAUCAGCAUCAAAAUAUUAACGAUAAGCUCGAUUCUGAUGCUUCUGCAUAUGUAUUAUCUCCUUCCAACCAAUCCGAAGCAUAUGACAGCACUGUUAAUGGUACCUCGGAGUCUUCUGUCGACAUAUUUCCUGAAGGAAUGGGAGACCCAAGCGAGUAUCUAAUUACUCCAAUGAUAGAGGAGCAGAUGUUCGAUAAUGUGGCCGUGUUGAAAGAGUUUGUGAAAGAAUUUGGUCGUAAAAAUGAGUUUGGUAUUGCUAUAGCACAUUCCAACAAUAAGGCCAUAUAUUUCACCUGUGAAUUGGGUGGUACCUACAGAGAAAAGAAGAUCAAGAAAAGUGAAAUCCAGAGUAACGAUUUUCAGACGUUGAAUUCCAAGAAGAUAGGCUCCAAGAAAAUACGUUGCCCGUUUGCUAUGGUGGCUAAUUUCUCCAAGAAAAGGCAUUAUUGGAUCCUUAAAAUCACUGAAAAUAAGCACAACCAUCCAAAAUUGAACCCGCUAUUGAAUUUUCCAAUGCUUCGUAAGAGAUCUAGUCAAGUUAAUGAAACCAUCAGGCACAUGUAUACCUCUGGUGACAAACCUUCAGUUAUUCAACAGAAGUUGAGGUCUUUGUAUCCUUCUUUGAUUAUCAAACGAGAAGAUAUAUAUAAUGAGGUUCGUAUUCUCAAGAAGAAACGUCUAGUUCCUACGCACAACCAGAUGAAGAAGCAGAAGGUGAAAGCGCUUAUUGAUGGUUCUAGCAUGGAAAAUGGCCAGCCGCUACAACAGACAUCGCAUCAGCAGCAGCAGGAGCCUCAUGCCUUUCAAAAUGAGUUGCACUCUCAGCCUUCUAAGUUACAACAACAACAACAGCAGCAGCAGGCUCUUCAAGAUCAAGAUGGAAUUGCGUGGUCUUCCGAUCCCUAUUCCAACUUGCCUGAUCCUUCGAAGAAGGAUGUAGAUCAACAGGCUGCUGCUACUGCUGCUACUGCCGCUGCUGUUGCUGCUGUGGAGGCGUUUAAGCAAGGUUCCAACGUUCAUCAGCGGCAACAGAACCAUGAUCAACAUCAAGAAUCGUCCACACAGUCUGGACAGUCACAGCAGAACUUUCUACAAUAUCAAAAUACAGAUCCUCAGUGCCAAUAUAACUAUGCUUCGGUCUCUCCUCACGUUAAAGACCAACGUUUCAACAUUGAUGAAAGACUUCUCGGUGACAAUUAA